AUGAAAAUGCAAAGCUAGCUAUAGGGCGCAUCAAGUUCCUUACCUUUGCAAGCAACUAUGAUAAGAGAGGUCUUGUCUUCUGGAAGAUGAUGGAAUGGAACCAAGGGUAGGUAGAAUUUAAAUAGUGGAAUUGCCUUUAUCCACAUCAUGUGGCAAUUUUGUCAAAUUUGGGGCUAGACUCGUUGGUAGUGGAUCGUUACAGCUAUGGAGGAAUCGUCGUCGGACCAGCACAUAUCGGGCCUCGCCGUGCUCGACUACAUUGGGUUCAAGCUCACGUCCGCGACACCCGAGGGCGUCCACGGCACCUUCGUCGUCUCCCGCAACUCGUGCCAGCCGUUUGGCGUGCUGCACGGCGGCGUCUCGGCCUUCAUUGCCGAGGCCGUGGCGAGCAUGGGUGCCCAGAUUGCUUCCAAGUGGGAGCGCGUCGCGGGAAUCGAGCUCAACAUCAACCACCUGCGGGCGGUACCCCUGGGCCACCGGGUGACCGUCGACGCACUACCCCUUCUCGUCGGACGCCGGAUACAGGUCUGGGAGGUAAAACUAUGGGCGCCACCGGCUUCUUCUUCUUCUUCUCCUUCGGAUUCUUCUUCUGAUCCUUCCUCCACCAAUUCCUCAGUCAUUGCGGUUUCCAGAGUGACGCUUGUGGUCGGUCUCCCAAACGCUUCCAAAGGGGCUCACUUCAAGGACGUUGUGGCGGCCAGAGCCAAGCUGUGAAGAAGCUAUGCCCAACUAGGCAUAGAAUGUCGAUAGUGACGACAACAAUGACGAACGAAAACGCUUAUAGUUACCUCCAGGGGCUAAACGUCGUCUUGGACGUGGUACAUGGA